GUCAGCGAGUUUUAGGUGCUCGUCGAGAAUGCCUGAGUAGUUGCGGUCUGGCUCUGCCUCACCAAUGACGGUCUCUCCAUGUUGCAUGUCCUUCAGUUCGGCGUGUGGCUCCUUAAAUUGCCAUCACGGAUUCCGACUUGGAAGCAAAGCGAGCCGGUGGGCUGCUCGUCCUGCGGCUCGCAGUCGGCCAAACCGCGGUGCUGUCGCGCCAAGCGCGCGGAGCUGUCCAACAACUUUAUGCGCGACAUGGAGUGCCGAGUGCUGUCCAUCCAGAGUCAUGUAGUGAGGGGCUACGUGGGGAACAAAUCCGCGUCCUUCCCUUUACAGGUGAUGGGCUUUGAAGUGGACUCCAUCAACUCAGUACAGUUCUCCAACCAUACAGGUUACGCACACUGGAAGGGGCAGGUAGUGACCGCAGAUGAGCUCCACGUGCUGUAUGAGGGAAUCAAGCUCAACAAUGUCAACCACUAUGACUACGUACUCACAGGUUACACCAGGGACACGUCUUUUUUGGAGAUGGUGGUGGACAUCGUACAGGAACUGAAGAUGGCUAAUCCUAAUCUUGUAUACGUGUGUGACCCUGUCCUGGGUGAUCAUGGUUCAAUGUAUGUGCCUCAGAAUCUGUAUCCGGUCUAUAAGGAAAAAGUGGUACCAGUAGCAGAUAUCAUCACACCUAACCAGUUUGAGGCCGAGCUCUUGACAGGAAAGAAUAUCAGCACAGAGAAAGAUGCCGUAGAGGUGAUGGAUUUGCUCCAUAAUAUGGGUCCGGACACAGUGGUCAUCACCAGCUCUGAUCUGCCACCACGCCUCGGAGACCGCUUCCUGGUUUCACUCGGCAGCCAACGCAUUGUGAUGCCGGACGGCACCUUCACCACCCAGCGGAUCCGGAUAGAGGUGCCUAAAGUAGACGCGGUGUUUGUUGGGACAGGCGAUCUGUUUGCUGCUAUGCUGCUGGCUUGGACACACCACUACCCCACAGACCUGAAGAUGGCGUGUGAGAAAACCUUCUCUGUCAUGCAUCACGUUAUUCAAAGGACCAUUUCUUAUGCCUUUGAGAUGGCAGGUCCUGGGAAAAAACCAAGCCCGGCUCAGCUCGAGCUACGAAUGAUUCAGAGCAAAGCGGACAUCGAGGAUCCAGCCAUCGUAAUGGAGGCCACUGUUCUAUAGAAACUCCAUGUACACACACACACACACACACACACACUAUUCCCCUCUCCCCUUUACCACAAUCGCACAAUGUAUAGAUGUUGUACAUUUUUGGAUCUGUAAUGUGACAUUGCCUUAGAAAUCUUGAACAGAGCACAACAUUUCAUUCGGAGGGAGAAAUAGCAGGGUACGGCCACAUCCACGAGCAGCAGAGAGAGCUAACGAGAAGGACAGAAUGCUGUGAUGAAAGAGAGGAAAGAGAGCUAUUUCAGCUAUUUUCCUCUCUAACUCUGUCUCCUUCUCUGCACUCCUCUCAAACCCCUGUUUGUCCUGCACAUUGAAGAAGCAGUCGAAUACCCGUUUCAUCAGAUUUACCUGAGAAACUGCUACGACUGAAACAAGCUGAAGGGAAGUCGUUAAUUUAGCAUAUCAUCACGCCAUCAUCAUUCAUGGAUUUGUGUUUCCUGGAGAUUGUGUUAAUGUUAAAUCUUCACAGUGACGUUUCAUGUGAACUGUAGGCCAGCUCUGCAAAAAAAAAAAAGAAGCUUUGUAUGUCCCUCUUGCAUGGAUGUUCGGGGGGGGGGACAAAAAUACUGUGAUUGUUCAUUUUUUUCUGCAUGAAUACAUGCCUUUAAAGAGAGAAAAAAAAAGAUCUUUGAUGUCCUGUACCAUAUUUUUAUUUAACAUCUCAUUUACAUGCUGAAAUACGAGACUAGCAUUUCAACAUGUUGUUGUUUUAGGUCUAUGCUGCUGUUGUUUCAUUCCAUGUUUCAAAGGUUUACAAGAAGGAAUAUUUUACAAGAAAUAACCUAAUGCUCUGUUUGCUAGUUAACAUUUGGCUAAACCAGGUUUGCUAGAUACCUAUUACCAUAACAUGAUAAACUACUAGUCACAGUUGCUAGCAAGCUAGCAAAUAUUUGAUUGUGUACACCAGUAGCUAGCAAACCAGGCAAUAUUUGGCUAACGACUAUAUUUUGUACACCAAUAGUCAUUGUUCCUAGCAAGCUAGGUAACAUUAGGCUAACUGUUAUAUUGUAAGUACCAGUAAUCAGUGUUUCUAGCUAUUAUAUUGUGUAAAGCAAGACUGAUUUGUAAGUUAGUGAAGGUUAAAUUCGGUGCUAAUUGUCUCUCCCUAUAUUUUGUUUGCUCAGCUUUCAUAUCAUGAAGGAGAAAGCCUUUUAUUUUCUCUCUUUUCUGUCUCCCCCCCCUCUUUUUUCCUUCAUCUGCUAGACUCAGCUCAGUUAGUGUUAGAUAUCAUAAUGUAGCACUCCUUUAGACUCAUUUUAUCAUCAUUACACAAUUUUAUUUCAUGUUUCUCUUCUCAUUCAUCCAUGCAUGAUGAACCAUGUGUGACAUUUUUCCUUUCUAUGGACCUGUGACCCAGAGCUUGUGUUCUUUCAGAACUCGUGUCCAUGUGCAGGACCAGUCAGGUGUCAGUGUUGCUCUCGAUGUUGCACUUCCUCCUCACCUUUUCAUAAAAGCGAUGAUGUAUUAAAACUCUGGUCUAGCGUGUAUCUGUACAUGUGAACGUAUGAACGUGUUUAAGGGGUGAAAGAGUUUUGUGUGUGUAUAUAUCUAUAUACAUAUUUGUGUCCUUAGGUAAGAUGUGAUGGUGUAACGGGGUAUUUUGGGGAAAACAAAACAACAACAACAAAAAAAAAAAAGCAACAGCGAUGAUGAUCGUAUUGAAACCUGAAUCUUUUUGUGUGAGGGCAGCUGGAUAUAAAGAUCCAAGUAGUAGUAACCUGUGGUUGCUGACCUAAGAACAGGUUUGUUUUCUCUUAGGAUUGUUAGCGGUAGACUUUUGAGUUAAAGAGCCUGAUCUGAGAUCAGCACAGGAAGACAACUUCUACCUAAAAGCUCUCUGAAAUUGACUGCAGGCUAACUGCCUCCACGAGUACCAGGCACUGCCAAUAUGUGUUUGUAGACAAGUUGGAUUUUGGUGGGAGAGAGGGUAUUAAGGGGAGGGGGGGGGUGGUCCAUGUGUCUGUCUCCUUGAAAGACAGUUAUCCCACCUCGUCAUGGCCUAUGACAUCCCCAGUAGAAAUCUAACAAUAGCAAUGCGGCUCACAUUGUCAGUGGGCAAGCGAAUAUUUUUGACUGUUAUCACAGUGUUAGGACGUUCCCUGAGGGAAAUAUAGGGCGGAAGUUUUGCAGUGUACUACAACAUUUUUGUUUGUUUCAUGUACAUAGUGUAUGUAAUAUUAUACUGUAUAUCAGUCUGUGGAAUUUGUGUGGUGUACGACUGUGUGGCUCAAAAGUGACCAAAUGUUACAUGUCAAUAAGGGUUGAUGAUGAGCUCCCUCAAUGUGGACUGGAGGUGAGAUUGUCUUAAACUAAAGUAUUAGUUAAGUCCCAAACCGAUCUUUAGUCCUAGUCCUCUGUUCCGGAUGUAGUACUGCCAUCACAUUGCCACCUGUUAGCGUUUUUAUAGUAACAGCUAGUUAUAUGAAAUCGGUAUUUUUAGGGGCCAAAUCAUUUUAUAGCGAUGAUCUAGAUCUCUGUUUCCCAAUCCGAGUCUACUUUUUUGCUUCAUUUUACAUGUAUUCAGCUGUAAAGUAUUCGACUUUACAUUCCAACAUUCCCCCAAGUUGUUGAUUAAAACCAUUUUAAGACCCUUACGAACUUCUUAUUGUGAAAUUUUCAAGCUUUAGUGGUUGAGUCAACAUGACCGUAGACUUUACGAGCAUUUCUUGCCCAGAAGAUUAAAAAUAAUGCAGAUAAAAUGGUUUAUUAAAGUUAAAUACAGAAUAAAACUGAUGGGGUGUGCUGUUCCCAUAUAGAAGUUAAUACUAGAAGUUAGUGCUACUUCCCCAAGUGUUUUAUUCCUCAUCUAGGAUGCAAUUUACCAAUGAUAGAAAUUUCUGUAAACAUCGUACAUCAUACUUUUAUCAGGUUAGGGUUACAUUUAAAGUUAUUAACAGACAUUCCCUUACUAGCCUCUUUUUUAUUCUCUCUCUCUCUCUCUCUCAUGCAGGUUAUUGUGCAACUUAAAAAUCAUGAAGUGUAAAAUUCUCUGAUUUGUCUUUCCUCACACUGGAAGGCAACUUAAACAGAACUAUUAUUAUUAUUAUUAUUAUUAUUAUUAUUAUUAUUAUUAUUGGCUUAAUUUAUAGAAACAUCUUGCUUCCAAGUCCUUGAGAAUGAGCUGUUACUAUAGAAGUGAUUCCUAUUUAAAACUUAUCAUAAAUCUGUGAUUUUCUUGGCGUUAAUGGCGGUAGUACUGUCAGAGCUGCUGCUACAGGAAAUGAAUCAACCCCUUUUCUGACCAAUCAGAUUGAAGAUUCACAACAGCACUGUGUAUUAUGGGUAUUACAAAAAAAAGGUUUUUGCCAAAUUACACCGAUUUCUUUAUGAUUUGCUUGCUAGCUACUUCCCAUUCCAGCUAGCUAGCAAGCCGACAUGAAUACAUGCUUCAAUGGAGAUAGAUGGGUAUAUUUAUAUUCAGUUUUCAGGAUUGGGACACACUAAUCUUUAAACAACUCGCUUUCACGCACGUAAUUGUAUUUAUUAGAA